UCAAAGACCUUUCACAUUGGGUCUCCACCCACAGUGGAACUUGAUGCUUGGUUCUGCCUGUCCUUACUAUCUUGGGCGGACGUUGUAUAUGAGAAACGGGUUGUGUAGGCUUUGUUUCUGUGGGCUGCUGUCCACUGUAGCGCUGUUAACUGAGGAGAUCCUUGUAGACUAAGGAGGACAGGGCAAGGUGGGGUGAGGGACAUGUCUUCCCUUCUGAUGCGUAUCUUUCGUCUGGGCCCUGAGAAGAAGAGGGUGAAGGAUUAUGAGAACCUCCGGAGAGACGUGGACCCGCGAGAGACCUGGGACACCCAGGGGGAGCUGGGAGACGGGGCCUUUGGGAAGGUCUACAAGGCCCAGAACCACACCACUGGGGCCCUGGCUGCUGCUAAAGUGAUGGAGGUACGCAACGAGGAGCAGCUUGACGACUAUAUCACCGAGAUCGACAUCCUGGCAGCCUGCCGCCAUAGCAACAUCCUUGGGUUGUUGGACGCCACCUUCUUUGAGGGUUGGCUGUGGAUCCUGGUUGAGUUCUGCCCAGGGGGGGCCUUGGAUGACAUCAUGUUAGAGCUGGAGCGGGGCCUGUCUGAGCAGCAGAUCAGUGAGGUAUGCUGUCAGACCCUGCAAGCUCUGUCCUACCUCCACCAACACCACAUCAUCCAUAGAGACCUGAAGGCAGGCAACAUCCUCCUCACCAUGGAGGGACACGUCAAACUGGCCGACUUUGGAGUGUCUGCCAAAAACAUACACACCCUCCAGAAAAGAGCCACUUUCAUUGGAACCCCUUACUGGAUGGCUCCAGAGGUGAUCCAGUGUGAGACCUCCAAGGAGAACCCGUAUGGCCCCAAGGCGGACGUCUGGUCCCUGGGCGUGACGCUGAUCGAGGCUGCAGAGAUGGAGCCCCCUCACCACUCACUCAACCCUAUGAGGGUCCUGCUCAAGAUCACCAAGUCCCCCCCACCCACCCUCAGCAACCCACGCCUCUGGUCCUCCCAUUUCCAGGACUUCCUGCGGAGGGCGCUGCAGAAGAACCCUGAGGCCCGGUGGGGAGCCCAGCAGCUCCUGGCCCACCCCUUCCCCUGCGCUGGACGGGACGGUCGAGCCCUGAAAGAACUCAUCGCCGAGGCCAAGGCUGAGGUGAUGGAGGAGACAGCGUCCCUGAUCGACCAUGGGGGCUCUCUAGACGAGGACACGAUUGUGGGGUCGGAUGGAGGGACUGCCCAGUCUGAGAAGGGGCAGGAAGAAGAAACAAUGCGGGUACCAGAGAAACCUCAGGAGGGCCCAUCUAUCAUACAGGCUGGUAUGAGUCCACCACCACCUCCAUCCAACCCUGACCCAGUCUCUUCCUCCACCCCAGUGAAAGAUGGGGGCACCGCUGGGACCAGGGUGGAGACUCCCAACACGGACAGGGCCAGAAAGCUGGCCAGGCGUCUGUCGGUCUGGGAGCCAGGGACCUUUCUCUCCUUUCUGACCACCGGGUCUCGGCGCUGCAAGUCCGGUCUCUGGGGAGACACCCCCUCAAUUCCAGCCAAUCAGACCCAACAGAACAAGGAGGACAGUCCCACUGGCCAAUCAGAAGUGCAGGAAGUGACACAUCCAGCAGGAGAGAGAGAUGCAGGGGAUGCGGAGAACAAUCUGUGUGAGAAUGUUGGGAGGUGCAGCUUGGAGGGAGGGAUCACUCAACCCAUCCCUGAAACAAAUUACACAGGAGAUGAUGCAGAAGAAAAGGUUGAGGGGCAGAAAAAAGAGAAGGAUAAAAUUUCAAAUGACUGUGAGGCCCAAGACCUUGACCUGGAAGUGGUUUCUUCUUCUGAACAGGAAAUAAUAGGCAUCCACACUGAUAUGAACCAAAACAGUACCAAUGACUCUGUUGGUGAUGCACUUGACUCUGACAAUAAACAACCAAUUACUGAGGCUCAAUGUUCAGUUAAGGAAAUUGGUAUCCUCAAAUCAGCACCAAAUAACGAUACUAAGCAUAGGGUAGAAGAAGCUCCUCGCCAGUUAGUGCACACACUAAGUCCACUGGUUAUAGCCUUGUCUUUGGAAAUGCACCACCCAUCCACAAAAGAGAGAGGAGAAACCCAGCAUUCAGUGCUAGACUUUCUGGAUCUGUCCACUCAUAACCACUUCAAGAUGGCCACCAGUGGGAAGGCUGAGGAAGAGACAAAACAGAGCAAAGACGAGAGGACGGAAGGGACCAAGGAGGAAAUACAAAAGGAGAGGGGAGAGGAGGAGCAGGAGCAGGACAAGGAUGAGAAGAUUUUAGAAGAGAAUGAACUACAUGCUAAGAGAGAUGAAGAGGCAGAGCACGAGGGGAGUAUGGUAGAAGAAAGGGAUAAGAUGCAGAUAAAUGAAGAAGGAAUACAAGACAAGACAUAUGUAAAAGAAGAACAGGAGGUCAAGGUGGAGUUAAAGACAAGCGAGGGAGAGACAAGCAACUGUCCAGACAUUGAGAAAACUCCAGACAAAGGAAUGGACUUAAAAGAACAUGAAGCAAGUCCGGAAAUGGAGGACGGAGGAUCUAAGAGUGAUAUUGAAGAGACCGUACAAUCAGAACAAACAGGAGAAAUACAGACUGAAGCAGAGAAGCAAAGUGAAUCAACAAUGGAAGUUGAGACCAGUGAAAAGGAGAAGAGUUUGAGGACAGACACAGAAGAUAAAAUCAUUGAUAUCAAAGUGACUGAAUGUGAAAAUGUAGAGAGAGCAGAGGACAGAACAGAGGGAAAAGAUGAACAGAGUAAAGAGGAGGACCUUGGAUUAGAAAGUGAUAACAUAGUGAUUAUCCAAGCACAAGAAACCAAUAUGACCAUGAAGCAGGAACCGAAAGAAGAGAGAAACAAACAAGAAGACAGUAAGGGAGAAGAGAAGAUGACUGACCCCCUAACUGGAGAACCUAUGACGAGGGUAAACUUGACCUUGGAGUCAAAUAGUGGGAGGGAGGAAGGAGGGAAAGAGGAAGGAGGGAAGAAGCUGGAGGAAGGAGGUAAAGAGGAGGAGGCAGGUCAGACCCAAUUAAACAUAUUGACCGAACAGAGCUCAACUAGAUCUCAGGGAACAGCUACAGACACAGUACACCUGAACUCAGCAUCAAAUGGAAACUGGCACCAAGUGACAGACAAUCAACCCAAGAUGGCUGCCACUGAUGACCAAGCUGACAUGACAGAGAAAGACAACUCAACAAUGACAGUCUCAAGAAUGUCAAGACCUGUAGAGGAGUUGAUCCAUAACAGGAAGACGGUCAAAAGGACCCGGAAGUUCAUGGUGGACGGCCGAGAGGUCAGCGUCACCACGUCAAAGGUCCUGAAAGAGACCGAUGGGAAAGAGCGGCACAUGCGCUGCGCCAGGCGCCAGGAGCUGCAGGCUUUAAAGCUCCUUCAGAGGGAGGAGCAGAGAGAGUACUCCCAGAUGGAGCAGCGGCUGCAGCAACAGAGAGAGAUGAUGUUCCGACAGAUCGCCCAGGAGAUGACAAGCAAGAAGCAGUAUUACGACAGUGAGCUGGAGCAGGUAGAAAAGCAGUAUGUUCAGCAGAGCAGCCGCAUGGAGACAGAGCACACAGCCAGGCUCAGAGAGGAUGCACGCAGACUCAAGAGCCAGCAGGAACGAGAGCUGAACCGCAAGGCUGCUGUACUGAAGGCUCAACCCAGAGAAGAGGCGCGUUACCUGCAGAAGCAGCAGCAGGAGCUCAAUGAGACGCUCCAGAAAGGAGUCCAGGAACACAAGAGGAAGGUGGCCUCUAUGGAGUGGGACAUCACUGUCAAGACCCAGCAGCUUAAGAGAGCCCGGGAAUCAGUCAUUUGGGAGAUGGAGCAACGUCAUCUGCAGGAGAAGUACCACCUCUUCAAGCAGCAGGUGAAGGAGCAGUAUUCACUGCAAAGACAACAGCUCACCAAGAGGCACAGCAAAGAUACAGACAGGGCGUCCCAGUUCCAUCGGGCAUUGCUGGAUGAGCAGAGGGCUCAACAGGCCCAGGAGAGGACCCAGCUCCAACGAGCCCAGCGCACAGAGGCCAAGGCCAGGCUGGCCCACUUCAAGCAAGAGUUGAAGACACUGGGCCUGAGUGGGCAAGAGCACAGGCAGCGCCUCACACUGUUUAUGUCGAAGGAGGAGGGUAGGCAGCGAGCUGAGAGGCAGAGUUUGCAGCAGGUCCAGGAGGGCCAGCUGAGGGAGGUGCAGGAGCAGUGUGACGGCAAUAUGACUGAACUCCAGGAGCUGCAGAAUGAGAAACUGCAGCUGUUAGUUGACAUGGAGAAGAAGAAGAUUCGGAGACUGGAGGAUGAACACACUCUAGAGCUGAACGAGUGGAAAGACAAGCUGGCCUGCAGGAAAGAGGUGUUGGAGGAAGACCUGGCUCGCCGGAGGAGAGAGAAGGAGGGAGCGAAGAGACGGGGGAGUGAGCCUGAGUCCAGGUUUGCACCUCGACGCUCACGAUUCUUCUCAAGCCUCAACUUCUCUUAACUGACCAUGACCAAAAGAGAAAACAAUCCUGAAAAAUCGAACUGCGUUUUAUAUCAGACACACUCUCACAGGGAACUCACAUACGUGUAUAUAAACAACAUACUAUCUAUUUUAUCUGACAGUGCCUGACAUUUUUUAAAGUACCUAAACUCAUUCUACAGAGGAGUGAGUAUAAGAGGAAUUACUGACAAUAUAUAUAUUUUUGUCAAAUAUUGUAUAUGCCUCUCUUGCAAGAGAAUAGAGGACAUGUUUGUACAUAUUUCAAUAGUUGACCACUGAAGGAUGUGUAGCAAGCUACUUUAGUAUGUAUUCUUUCAAACACUGUUGUGGGGCAGACAUUUCCCGUCUAAUAUUUUUUACCUAAUGUUUGCAAUAAAUUACAAAUCCAUAUAAAAUGUUGGUCAUCAU